ACGUUCUGAAAACCUUGAAAUGCAGCAAUGUGAUCCUGCAAGCUGACACCAGAAUCUGUACUUCGGUGUUGUCCCUUCCUCAUGUGGUCAAGUAGUUCAGCUUUUCAUUGUCUCCACUGCAUAAGAAAUAGAAACCUAUGUAGCCCAAAGUUAGUUACCCAAGAAUAUAAACCCUCGGAAUUCCCCAGAAAGCUGCACUCACUAGCAAGCUAAGAAGAAUUUGCAGUAACCUCUUCCUAGGAUCUUUCAAGUCAGGAGCAAAAGCUUCUCCAGAGAGAUGCUACACUAAUAUUUACCACGACCGAUAUUGUUAGUGGUUAAUCAGGCAUGAAUUAUUGAUUUGUAAGCCACCUCUCUACUUAUAAAUGCAGUUGUUUAUUUUUGUUUAUACUUCGUUUGUGCGUUAUGUCUACACCUAUUUCCGUAUCAGUCGUAGCAAUAGGAGAGCCUGAAUUUUAUCAAUGAAUUCUACUUGAACAAUAGGGGCCAUGGAAUUAGCAUCUGGAGUACUGAGCUGCACAGCAUAGGGGUAAAUAGAUGGAAUUCUGUGGAGAAAUACAUGAGUAAAUAUGCAAUAGUUAGACCUAUUACUGACCCAAAAAAAAAUCAAAAAGGAAAAGUAGAUAUGCAUAGCCAAAUGAUCAGGAUAAAUGGUGAAUGUAUAAUAUUAAUUCGAAAGGUGACCAGAUAUUGGUUCAAGGAUUCAAAGAUCAAGUGAGCCGUGAGUACUGCUGAGUAAAUUCUAUAUAACAUUCAGGGAAGCCACUAGAGACAGUGAAAUGACCAAAGAACUGUCUGAAAUACUUGUAAGGAAGGGAAAUCAGCUUCCCUAGUAGAUUGUCAGUAAAAUCCAGACUCUAAGGAGUUGAUGCCUCAUGGGUCCUGUAUCAACAAAGAAGGAACAAUUGCAGCUGGUUUGAAAGAUAAAUUCACACUUAUCUGAUGGAAGCAUGCUGAUGGCUGCACGCUUAAAUCCCUUGUUAGACAAUUUGGAUAUACAGGGACCGGCAAACUAAUUAAUAGACAAAUGGCCUUUGAGAAUUUACCAUGAGCUUUUGUAUAUUUAAGGCACUGUUUUCUGCUUCAGAGCUGAAUGGACCUUUGAAAUCCUCAAACCUACUGGUCAGUAUGAACAGUGAAUGUGAGGAGUCUAUUGCUUAGGAACCAUUUUUCUUACAAGCUGCAACAGGAGCUUGAAUAAAAUCCAGCUAGACUCAGCUUCUAAACAAGGAUGAAAUUCAGCUUUACAAAGCUUUCUUGCAAGCCCCAAAGAGCUUAUUUAUACAUUUUUAACCUUUGCCUUUAAAAGAAACAUCAGUCUAUAAUUUCAAAAAAUGCUGAGUUGAAUACUCAGCAAAAGCAAACUUAAACUGCUUCAAAAGUUUUCCUCCUCUGGCACCAGAGCCAGGGUGACAGUCCAGCAAACAAAGCACCGCACUGCAAGACAGAAAACCUGAGAAGUCUGCCCUGCCUGUGCAUUAAGGAGGCCUUCAACUUGGAAAAGUCACUUCACUUUUGUAAUCCAGAAGAUGCUAACGCACUAAAAUAUGAUAAUUGUUAUUUUCAUCUGAUUUUAAGGUGGAAGGAUUUCAGUACAAUUAAGCCAUUUUUCUGCAGUCAAAUACUGAGUCAGUAGUUUAGGCAUGGCCUACGUGGUCCUUGACUCCUAAACCAGGACUGUUUCCUCUAGAGCUUUCCAGAAUGUACUGGUAAAUCUGGCUGUGUCUAAUGAAAGGUCAGUGCCACCCACGGAGAAGCACCUGCAACUCUGAAGUUCCCACAAGUAUUCCUAACAUUCAGGUAGGUGGAGCCAAUGCAUCCCACCUGCCAAGCAUCUCUAAAGCAGAGUCUACAAGCAGGAACAGGACAGAAGGAAUGAUCUCUUGCCUUACACAAAUGUCUGUUCAAACCCAGAAUAUGCUCAGUGGAACAUCACUUGGAUCAGUGGAUUAAAAGCGUUAGUUGAAAUGAUCUUGCUAAUUUGCAUUACAACGUAAGCAAAAGCCUCAUGGCGAUGGAGAUGGUUCUUUGCAAAGAUAAGUCUGAUCAUGUCUAGACUUCUAAAAGAAGGUUCAGAGACAGGAGAGGAAAUCGUAACACACACACAAAAAAACAGCAUAAACAAAGUGCUGUGCUCAGUCAGUGAUAACAAAGAGCAAACUGGCACAUAGACCUAGCAGGCCUAGGACAGUUUCUUCCACAGCAAUUUAUGGCUGAUGUUACUGGGGCCAUGUAAAGCGCAUCUCCUGUCCUAAGAAGAAUUGAGUUAUACCAAGAAGCUCAUGUAAAAAUGUGACAAGCAUUUCUUUCUUUCUUUCUUUCUUUCUUUCUUUCUUUCUUUCUUUCUUUCUUUCUUUCUAUUUUUUUGCACGUAGAAUAUAUAUAUUUUAUACUGCUUGUACUGUUGAGAGAGAUACAUCACCCAGGAUUAGGACAGUCCUCUUUUUCAUUCAGUUAGUGGCUGCUCAGCCUAUUAAGUUCUUACAGACACCGACUGUGAUUGUGCUGGCCAGUUUGAGUGUGCUACCCAGGCAGGUCCUGCUAAGAUCGUCAGACCCUGUCUGUGUCUUGCCCCUGUCUCUCUCCUUUCCACACAUCCCGGGGUCACCUGACCUCUCUGCCAGGCCCACUGUUGCUUCUUCAGAAGUUUUGUUUGCUUGUGGUUUUUAUUUUUUUUUAAAUAUUAUUUAUUAGAAACAAAAACAGAACAAAACCAAAUAAAAGCCCAGCUCAGAGCUGUACUUCAAUUCAUCCCACCCUGGUGCUGGUCUCUUUGCCACAGCCAAAGAAUGAGUUUCAGCCUCAAGUCCUGGAUAUGGAAUCUAGAUGGUUUUGCUUACCUAAAAUUCCAGAACUUUCUGUUUUUCUCCAGUCAGUCUCCCUCUCCUAGUAUUUGAGGAUAUGAACAGAAACCAAAAAAGUCUAUGUCUUAGUCUUUACUUUGUGUUUGUUAGCUGAAUGACACUUGGCAGAUUUGUUGCAAUGUCAUAUUUGCUCAUCUUAAAAACAAAGCUAAUAAAAAUACUUAUUUUAGAGGAUUAAAUGAGGUAGCUCACGUGUUCAUUAGCUUUCUGUUACAAAACCAGUAUCUUAGACAAUGAGCUUAGAAAGAGAAAAGGUUUAUUUUGGUUCAGUUUUGGAAAUUUUAAUCUAUUAUCGGUGCCUCAUGGCUGUUAAGCCUCUGGGCAUGAGUGUGAAGACAGCAGCACGUCAUGGCAGAAGGAUGCAGCAUAGCAGACCAUUCAUCUCAUGGUUGGAAUGUGAAAAGAGAGAGAAGGAGCCACUGAAGCCCUGCUAGUCCCUUCAAGAGCAUGCUUCCGAUGAUGUAAGAACUCCCACUGUCUCUUAAAUAUUCCACCACUUCCUAUAGAGCUAGGGGCUGGGAACUAAACCAUUACACGCCAGCCUUUGGGAAAACUUAUCCCAAACAUAGCAGUCCUGUAGGCUUAGUACAGAUACAGGAAGAUAUACUUAUGUUGUUAAAUAUACUUAAGCUGUACAUAGGAUCAUAAAAUAUACAGAAGUUUAGCACACUGCUCACUGAUUUAUUUAUAUAUGAAUUUUUCUUCCAAAAUGUGUUUUUUUUUAAAGUCAGGGACUGUUUAAAGAAUUUCAUAACUCUUUCAAAACUGAGCCAAAUGUAGAGUACCAUGGUAGAACUUAAUCAUUUUAUUGGAUUUGAAGUCAGCACAAGGUAUAAAAUAUCCUAUUACUAGAGCUCAGAUGGAAAUUCGACUUGUGUGUUUUGAUGUGUAAAUACACAGAAUGAGUUAAUCUUCAGAAAGGAGAAAUUAUUAGCAUACGAAAUGUGGGGCACUGUUACAGGUGUAAUGUCACUGUCCCAGGGCAUGUGCUGCAAAACAGAACUGGGCCAUAAUUCGACGUUCAGUAGCUCUCUGUGGAGGACUUUAUGCUGAGUACAGCUAAUGUGCUCAGAGAGAUGUACCCAGUUUGCAAAGAAGAUAUCCUUCAAUAUGACCCAUGAAAAACAUUGUUUCUGACUCCUAUAUUUAGACUAUACAGCAACUGUAAAAAUUGAACAGACAUAACUUUUCUCUGUCAGACACUUGAAAAACAAAGCAAAACAAAACAAAACAGCUAAUAGACCCAAACUGGAAGGUCAAGGCAGGAAGAUCACAAGUUUGAGCCUGUCCCAUGCCACUCAGCAAGUCCCUGUCCUCAAAUAAAAUAUAUAAAAUGGGCUAGGACUGUAGUUUAGUGUGGAGGCCCUAGGCUCAACCACCAGUACUGAAAAAGGAACAACCAAAACUAAAUGAAACCAAACCAAACCCAAACUAAAGAGAAGCUACCAAGAAAGAUGUUUCUCACAAAUAAAAUAGGGUAGUGUCAUGAUUUAUGUUGGUGGCCCCCAGGUCUCAUUCGUUUACGUUAUGCAUCUGUGAUUGGUUCACUGUCUAGUGCUUAGAUUGAUGGUAUCAGCGCUACACCCACAUAGGGGUGGAGCCAGGAUGUAAUGUAAUAGUAGGAAGAAGAUGUGUCUCACUCUUUUGCCUGUUUCUGCCUUACUGUUUGCAGCUGCCAUGAACCGCAGCCCCUCAAUGCCACCCUGCCUUGGAGCUAACUGAGUAUGGACUGAAACCUCCAAAAAAAAAAAAAAAAACUGUAAGAAAUAAACCUUUCCUUCCCCAACUUUGGGCUUUAGGUAUUUUGUCUCAGCAAUAGUGAAAAGUAACUAAGACAGAAUUUGGUACUGAGGAGUGGGGUCAUUUGCUGUGACUAUACCUGACCAUGUUUUUCAAGAGGCUUUGGAAAUAGCUUGUGGGCAGAGUUUGGAAAGGUUCAGACAUGUCACCUGGAUGCAUAGAGCUGGACAGCUUAGGCUGCUCUAUAGAAGAGAUUCUGGUCAAAGCUCAGGAAACCAGAAGGCUGAUAGAAAGCCUCAUGGUAAAGACCAGACUUGGGAGGUUUCUGCUGGGAAGAAGGACUACUGUAUUGGUUGUUGGACUCCCCAUGAUGUGUGUUAUGCCUUGGCAGAAAGUUUAUCUGCAUUUUUCUCAUGCCCAGAGACUUUGCCUGAGACUGAGACAAAGGGCAAUGGACUAAUUACUCUGGAAAAGGAAAUUUCAAAGCAGUUGAAUGUUGGGGCUGUGACAUGGCUAUUGUUGGGGGCUUUUAGCCAGCUUUAUGUUGCAAAUCAAGAGCAAAGAGCCCACCAGGAUACUUUGCAAUACUGUAAGUUUGGCCAGAAGGGAAAUUUCAGGAAUGCUGUGGAUUGUAAAGACAGAGUUGAGACUUUGAUUGCUGAGGAGAAACAGAAAAAUAAAAGAAUUUGUUCAGUGGGGAAAGCUGCAGAGCACCAUGCUCUAGAAUGGCAACAGAGGCCACGUGAGGUUCUAGAAUGGUGGCAACAUAGAGAAGCUUUUCUUCACAAUCAGGUUCACAGAGAACAACGAUUCAGGCAAUUGACCCCUACAGCCAAGAGAGAGAAAAGCCUGGCUACUGCUCCAGCUAGCAGCAAACCUUGGCGGCAUCCACAUGGUGCUGAUUUUAGAUGCAAGAAACAUGUACAAAUUCUGAGGAUCACAUAUGCCCGGAUGCUUAGCAGUCCUGACACUGUGCCAGACAACACGCUAGAAAAGGUCCAGUGCGGACUAGUGAGAGGCACUGAUAGUCUGCAACCGAGUGAUGAUGUAACAAACUGGACUGUCAUCCUGAUCAGCUCAGAGAUACCAACAGGAUCAAUGUUUGGGCAGGACACAGAGGCGUGACUGUGGAUACAAUAUCUGGCCCCUGGCCCUUUCUUCUUUUGCACUGUUCUGCUAUUUUACUUCCUUGCCUCCAUGAAGUGAGCAGCUUUGCUCCAUCAUGUUCUUCUGCAUUAAUCUUUUCUGACUUAGAACCAGAUGAUCUAUCAUGAACCAAAUUAAACCUCUCUGCUUUAGUUGUGGAUGUCAUUUAUUUUGUCCUAGCCACAGUAAAGCCAACUAAUAUAGAGAUUGUGGAAGAGCACAUGGGAUUAGAAACUACACAGCAGAUGCCGUAAGGAGGGAAAGGGGAC